GACUUCCUGAAUCAUCCCUCGUCGCUAUUCGCUGGACCGUAAGACAAGGCCCGCCCUCUUGGGUUUGUGAUUGGCUGAGGGGAGAGCUUCCGGUGAUCCACUUCCGUUCUCUGCUGCUGCGGACUGCGGGCCGCCCGGGGUCGGUGAAGGAUCUCAAGAUGGCUGGACGGAAACUUGCUCUAAAAACCAUUGACUGGGUAGCUUUCGGGGAGAUCAUCCCUCGAAACCAGAAGGCCGUGGCUAACUCCUUGAAGUCCUGGAAUGAGACCCUAACCUCCAGGUUGGCUACUCUGCCUGAGAAGCCACCUGCCAUCGACUGGGCUUACUACAAGGCCAACGUGGCAAAGGCUGGCUUGGUGGAUGACUUUGAGAAGAAGUUUAAUGCCCUGAAGGUUCCUAUACCGGAGGAUAAAUAUACUGCCCAGGUGGAUGCUGAAGAAAAAGAAGAUGUGAAAAGUUGUGCUGAGUUUUUGGCUCAGUCAAAGACCAGGAUUCAGGAAUAUGAGAAAGAGCUGGAGAAGAUGAGGAACAUAAUUCCAUUUGAUCAGAUGACCAUUGAGGACUUGAAUGAAGUCUUCCCAGAAACCAAAUUAGAUAAGAAGAAGUAUCCCUACUGGCCUCACAGGCCAAUUGAGAGCUUAUAAUCUCGGGUCCGGGAGAAAGCUCUGGCCCUCGAAUUACAAACUCUGGACAUUAAAAAGAAUUACAUGGUGCUGUGUGUGUCUGCUGCUUU